CCACUGCCAUGAGCAGCCUAGUGCGGACCGAGCGGCUGCGCGGGACGCCUCCUCUCCUGGUGCCCGGCGAGCCGUACUCCGUCGUGGUUCUGCGGCAGGGCUACGCGGAGCCGGAGGGGGUCGGCGGCGCCGUUCGAGCCGACGGCUCCGUGACCCUUGUCCUGCCCCAAGCCUGGAGCCCGACCUCCAGCCACCGAGAGUCCCCCCCCGGGGGCGACGACGCAAAGACCGCCCUGGAGGAAGCGGCCCGAGGCCCCAUCCUCGUGGACACCGGGGGCCCCUGGGCUCGGGAGGCGCUGCUGGAGGCCCUGGCGGGGCAGGGCGUGGCCCCGGGAGACGUGACUCUGGUGGUGGGGACCCACGGGCACUCGGAUCAUAUCGGGAAUCUGGGACUGUUUCCUGGGGCGGCUCUGCUGGUCUCUCACGACUUCUGCCUCCCCGGGGGCCGAUACCUGCCCCAUGGGAUGAGUGAGGAGCGGCCGCUGCGUCUGGGGUCUGGUCUGGAGGUGUGGGCCACGCCGGGCCACGGGAGCCAGCGGGACGUGAGCGUGGUGGUGGCGGGCACGGCCCUGGGCACCGUAGUGGUGGCGGGCGAUGUGUUUGAGCACGAUGGGGACGAGGACUCCUGGCAGGCGCUGAGUGAAGACCCGGUGGCCCAGGAGCGGAGCCGGAAGAAGGUCCUCGGCACUGCCGACCUGGUCGUGCCUGGUCACGGAGCCCCUUUUCGGGUGGUCAGGGAACCCUUGCAGCCAGAGACAAAGUAGGGGAACAACCUGCAAAAACCGGUGAUCCGAGACAAAGAGCCCGCCCCACACUGAUAAGCCCCAAGAGGGACUGGACUCCUGUCAGGGAAGCCCCUCCAGCGAGGAACUGGAGUCCAGGAGACGGGCAGGACUCGGUCAGCCAGAGUCAGAGAAGUCAGGGUGGGGCGCUUCCAUCCCUUUCCGGAGGCCGGUUUUCCAGACAAGACAGAGUGUUCUUGCCAUGCUCUCGCCAAUAUCACUCUCUGCCUCUGCAGCCAAACCAGGACCAAGGACUGGCUCGGCUCCAUCCUCCCUGGGCCUCAGUAAAAUGCAAGAAUGUUCCUGUGAGGGUCCUCCAAAAUAAAAAUACAAACUGCGCUGAAAAUCGCA